UCCAUCCACCCAUCCACCCAUCACUCGCGGCCGCGGCGGCGGCGGCGGCGGUUGUUCACCAUGUCGGCAGGGAGCGAGCGCUCGAACGCGGCCUACGCGACCCCGGCGGCGGUGCUGGCGGGCUUCUCGCGCGGAUCCGGCCCGUCCGUCUCCGGCAGCGUCAGCGGCAGCGGGAGGAGCCAGGCGGAGGGCGGGGCGAGGAAGAAGCCCCCGUUCCGCCUCGCGGCGGACGACACCAAGCCCAUCCUCCGCGACCCGAUCUCGCGGUCCGACCCCAUGGAGACCGAGCAGGCCGUGCUGCGGCUGCCGCCCUUCCCCUGAAGCCCAGCCGCGUCGUCAUGGAUGGUACACCCCUCCCUCUGCCCCUCUGUUAACACUAUCUUGUAAUUUUCCUCUGUGCUGCACCUGCACACAGGCUCUGUAUUUUGGGAAUCCAGUGGUAGCCAACUAUUGGGCUACUGACCCCAUGAGCGAUCAGGGUUGCGAGGGAUGUGUCAAAUGAUUAGGCAGCCUUCAGAUUUUUGGUCAACAGCUGAGAAAUAAGUAGAGCAUGUGGUGCCUCUACCUUCUGAUUUUGUACACACUGCAGGCCGCUGAAAUGUUCGCCCAAAUGGCUUGUCUUUUGGUGCAAUUUGAUUGCAAUAGAAAAUAGAACGAACAAUA